AUGCAAACCUUCAAACAUCAUCUGAUUCAGCUCUACGGGGAGCCUACUCAACUCAGCGUCAGACAACUCCAGCGCGACCUAGUUAAGACAGCCAAGCUCACCAACCACCUAACCUUCCUCAAACGCUGCCGCGACUCCGACACCAUCCCUCUAGGCCUUCAACUCAAAUCCGCCGUUGACACCCCCAAAGCCCAGCGCAUACUACACCAAGCCGGUAUUGACCUUACCCGAGAACGCAUCGUACACACACGCCACCAACUCCACGAUCUCAACACCGCUACCUCUGCUUCUCAGUCCAAGAUCAACCAACAACUCAAUCCUGAUGACCUCAGCAAAGUACAGUCCUUCAACGACCACACCGCCCAACUCGCCUUUCAGACCACCAAACUCAAGCAAAUUAGGAAGUUCGACCAAUUACGUUCACGCAAGCGCAUCUGCACCAACGACCCUCCAACGACUCAACCCAUUAAGGACACAGUAGUCAACCUCAGUCAACACAGACUCUCCCAAGCCGAACACAAGGUUCUAUCCCUAGGACUCAACUUCGCCGUAGCCCCCAAGAAGAUACCAUUCUCCAACAUCGUGCAACAAGUAGAACCCAAGCUCCGUUUCCUCUCCAAAGCUGCUGCUAACGACAUCCGACUCAAAAUUACCAACGCUCUCGCCGAAGCUAAGCCACCCAAACCCAACCUAUCUAAAGAAGAACGAUCCGCUAUUCAAGACCUCCGCAAGAACCAAUCCAUCCACAUCCUACAAGCAGACAAGGGAAACGCCACCGUCGUCAUGGACCAAGAUACAUACGAAGAUAAGAUCUGCGACCUACUCAAAGAUAAGGAAACCUACUCCAAACUCAAGAGGGACCCAACCCCGGCCAACGAAAGGAAGAUCAACCAACAACUUUUAACCCUACACAGAUCCGACAUACUACCCAAGGCACUCUACUUUCAACUCAGAUCCUCGUCAGCUAAGUCACCCAUCCUCUUCGGACAGCCCAAGAUUCAUAAGCCGCUUAUCCCUCUCCGCCCUAUCAUCUCUACCCGAGGAUCAUCCUGCUACAACACUGCACGUCAUCUCGCCAAUAUUCUACAACCACUCGUAGGCCAAACGCAGCACCACGUCACGAACUCUAAGCACUUCAUCGACAUCCUCUCCAAAACCAAGAUCCAGCCAUCCGACACACUCGUCAGCUUCGAUGUCACCUCUCUAUUUACCAACGUUCCUGUAGACCAAGCAUGCGACAUCAUCAAACAACGCCUCAUCUCAGACCCAGACCUCGAAUCUAGGACCAAGCUCACACCUGACCAGAUCCACGACCUCCUUCUCACCUGCCUCCACUCCAACUCUUUCAAGUGGCGCAGCAACUUCUAUAAACAACUUCAAGGAGCAGCCAUGGGAUCUCCACUCUCACCAAUCAUCGCCAACAUCUUCAUGGAACACUUCGAGCACCAAGCACUCAAGUCCGCCGACAAGUCUCCUUCACUAUGGCUACGCUACGUCGACGACACCUUCGUCAUCUGGCCACACAGCACACCAGACCUCCACCAUUUCCUCGACCACAUCAACAACCAACACCCCAGCAUUAAGUUCACCAUGGAGACCGAACACGACAACUCAAUCCCUUUCCUAGACGUACUCAUCACUAAGACACCAUCAGGAUUCCCCUCGCACCAAAUAUACCGGAAACCAACCCACACAGACCGCUACCUCAACUUCCGAUCUCACCACCAUCCAUCAGUCCACCAAUCAGUCUCCAACUCACUCAUCAGACGAGCCCACCAACUUAGUGAUAAAGCACAUCUCCAGCAAGAACUCAAGCACAUCACGCACGCACUUACUUCCAUCAACCAGUACCCAAGAAGGAAAAUCAACACCCGAGCUCCCUACCACAAGACCAGCACCACCGGAACCCAACCUGAUACUAAGCCCACCGCCACCAUCGUACUUCCCUACAUCGGCAAGACAUCACACCGACUACAACGCAUCCUCCGCUCAGCCAACAUCCUCGUCAGACACCAAUCCAACCACAAGCUUUACUCCACUCUUCACUCUCACAAGGACAAGCACCCAUCCAACAAACAACCAGGCGUCUACAAGAUUCCCUGCGAUUGCGGCAAAGUCUACAUUGGAGAAACCGGCCGCGAUUUCGACACCCGACUAAAAGAACACAAGACCCACCACCGACGCAGCGACUGGGACAAGUCAGCCAUCGUCAAGCACGCACAACAAGAGCUCCACCACAUUCACUGGGAUAAAAGUCACCUCAUCACCCCCAUCCGACAUUGGCACACCCGAAGAGUCCGAGAAGCCAUCGAGAUCCACCAACACAACACCGUACCCCAAGACCCAGGCCUUCACAUCAACAGUAUCUGGCACCCAAUCCUCCCUCACCAUCCUACUUCCGACCAAUCUUCAACCAACUCCACAACCAACACGCCAACCACCAACACUUCACCAAUCCAUCCAUCCGUUAGCCCGGACACCACCUACAACCACCCAACCACACCCACUCAAUCAAGCACUACACGUUCUCAACUAGCCACUUCACCCACACAAGCACCGCCCACGCCCACACCUCGCUACAACCUACGCCAACGUGAGCUCGGAAACUUGGGCGGAGGGGACGGAGAAGGGGACGGUAAGGAUGACGAGGAGGCCGCUCUCAUCGAAGAGGCGAGACAGCAGCAGGAGGAGGAGAGGAAAGCUAGACAUGCAAAGAUGGAGGCAGAGAGGGAGGUGGAGAGGCAGAGGAUACGAGAAAAGUAUGGACUAAAGAAGAAAGUCGCAGAGGAGCCAGGAAUGCUUCCGGAGCCAGAUGAUGCGGGCCGUAUCACGAGAAAAAAGAAGACACCUGCCGAGAUGCAGCAAGCGUUACAACAACAGGAUGAUGAGGAAGAAGGUUUUAUGGAUACCGUGAAAGGUUUUGUAGCACCGUUUGCGGAGAAACUCGGCCUGGAUCUCUUCAAAUAGGCAAACAUUUAUCAGGCAGAUGACAUUCAGGAUUGUAUCUUAGUUAAACCGUCAACAAUCCCCUCGUGUGUAAACCAGGUCGAACCCAUGUUUCUGGAAAUGAUUCCACGAAAAUAGUUAUUUUCUUGGUUUUGCUCUUAGUCUGGUAAAUCUGUGGCAAAUCAAGAACUUGCCAUUUGUCUUUUAAGCCCUAUUUCUCCCAGUGUACAUAUAUGGUACUAACUAUAGAUUUAUUAUUAUCUCUUUCCUAUAAUGAUUUACCACAGGUGUUUGAUAACUGAAAAUAUAUUUCUAAACAGUUUUGAUAUAUUUGACAGUUUUUAAUUUACUUAAAAACUAAUUUUGGAUUAUUUUGGAAAUCUGACAGAACAAUUUAUUGCACUACUUAAAGGAUAUAAUGCAGUAUUAAGAUUAAAUGGAGAUGUUCUUUAAAAAAAACAGACAAUAUCCCCAUUCUUUUUACUAUGCACAAACCUGUACCUCAGGUUGUUUUUUCUGUAGAAUUUUAAGGACCAAAUUUGCAGAAAUUUGGUCUCUGAAGUUUGAUUAAGAGUGUGAUAUUGGCAGAGCAAUAUUGAACUUUUUAGUCCACUAUUUAACUCCAACAGUGUGUGGCUAUUUUGUAUUUGACAUUGGGCCUAUUUGUAAGGCCCUUAAACAAAAAAAGAUGAUGCCAUUUAUGCACACAAGAUAGCUCCUGAACUUUAAAAAAAAAAUCACUGCUAUUUGAUACUGCAUGACCUGUUUAGAGGAUUCACAGUUAGAAGGUAGUAACUCCACAAGUGCUAACACUUCACAUCUAUUUGAUUAUGCCUGUGCCAUGUCACUGAUACACAGCAAGAUGGUAGUAACUUCAAGUCCCAACACUUUAUGUUUCACCAUAGUUAUUUAAAUCCUACGUAGAGGAUACACACACAGCAUGCUGGGAGCACCUCAUUGUAUGUGAAAAGAACAUCGCUUCACAGUAGAUAAGCACUAUACAAUCCAACUGCUAUCCAGUUCUGAAAGAAAUUAACCAGGAAUUUGUCAGAUAUGACGUUAUGAACAUGUUAAAUCGUUCAUGAACAAAAAUAUGUGUUUGCAGUCGGAUGGUAUAAAGUGCGAUGGGCUCCAUUCAUUCCUAAUGUUAAGACCUAUCAAUUAACGUUUAUAAGGGUCUGACAAGUUUCCACAGUUGCCCACUCACUUGCACAGCGGUUGUGUGUUUCACCUCACGUUUUAAAAACGUUAAUAUUACACUGCAUGUGUAUACACCCUGCAUAUUUAUAAGCAAGCAUUCCUACCACAUAUAACUACCUCCGUAAUACUUUCCAUAACCAUCAAAACCAUGAGCAUCCAAACAUAUUUAAUUGAUUUCAGUAUAUGAAACCGCUAUUGAUUAGGUGCUUUUGUUUAAAAAAUAAAACGUGCAAUAUUUUUGUGCAUUUAUGAUAACAAAUUUACUCCUUUCACAGAACAGAUUUGCCUGUCCAGAUUUUUGUUUCUUCAAACAUUUGAUCAAUUUCCUUUCAAGAUUAUUCAAAUUUUCAAUAAAGUGAUUUUUAAAAAGGUGAAAUUUCUAAUAAUAUAUUUGUUUAAAAAAGAAAUUUCUUUUUUUUAAGUGAAACAGAUUCUGACUCCACAAAUUUAUCUAGUAAUUGAUUUUUUAAAUAAAAUUACUGGGAAGUGGAUGUAUAGACAUAGCUCCUGUAUGAAAUUGAUUAAAUCUCAACCAAACUUUGAAGCUUGUCUGAGGCCAAAAUUAUGGUUUCAAUUCUAAGUAUGAUUAAGAUUUAAAAAAUUAAAACUAAUAUUACUCUAGAUGUUGUACAAGCAUUUCUUUCCAUUCCAAAUUUCACAGACCAAAGAAAGACAUGGGGAAAAUGAUUUUUACUUUACUUAUUUAGUAGAAAAUUCAAGGUUGGCAAUUUUUCUAGUGCAAUAGAUUUUGUUGUUGUUGGUUUUAAGACUGAAAUAAGAUAAGACUGCCUGAGAGAGUAGGAUUUUUGUGUAAAUAAAACUUAAAAAGAUGUAUGGCUGUGCUUGAAGUAGAAGAACAAACAGUAUGAUGUCUUUUUGGUUUGUAUACCAUGUAUAUUGCUAGUACUGAAAGAAUAUGUAUCAUUUAUUUGCCAAUUUCCAAUGCAUCUUCUGUGAAGCUUAUACCCAUAUAUGUACAUUAUCUUGGCUGAUUGUAUAUUUAUAUAUUAUAACAGUUCUUGAUGUCAAAUGUGUAAAACAAAUGUUCAAAGAUUUCUUGUUGUAGCAAAUUUUCAAUAUGCAUACUUACAAAAUUGAACAAUGGUUACAAAUGUUUAUCUAUUUUUCUGCUUUCUCCUGUUGUAGUACCAGUAAUAAUACCCUUUGUGAAACCUGGUCAGAGCCCCUUGAAGAAUUUGAUGGAAAGGUUACCUUUAAAAAGUGUAAAACCAUAGUUAGAUUAAUCUUGUAUUCCUAUUUAAUAGCCAAGUACUUAAAACUAUUUAUUCUUAAUGAUGUUUGUAUAAAAAAAUAUAGACGUUUUUAUCAAAUUACUUUUAUCUUUACAUACAAUUUUGUGCAUUCUCAUUCAAAUAUCAAGUAGUUUUAAAGAUGUGCAAUUAUUUUCUUCUUGCCACUUCAAACAUUCCUGUUAAAAAAGGGACAACAGAGCCAAAAUUGUCACUCUUUUACAUUUUAAGUACAGGUGUAUUUCAGACAAAUCACCAUUCAAAAAGUUGUUUAUACAGAUAAAUUGUAGGUGACUUAAUGUUAUUUGCAGUAUUGGUACUAAACAAUGUACUUCUUUAUCUACCCCCUGAAACUAUUACAUGUUUAUACAUCUGUAUGUUACUAUAUCACGUUUGUUAUCCAUUUCUAUCUUAUGAAUGUGAUCAGGUGAUCUGAUCAGGUGAUCGUGUCAUAGUCGUUUCCAUUCUGCAAUCAAUUCAAAACUGUAUUCAUUUUUUUUAAAUUCACAAUUCACUUUUAAUUUUUGCCCAAGAUUACUAUUGCAUAUACUCUGUUGAGUUCCAGAAGGGCUUUAAUGGGAAAGUGACAUCAGUUAACGCCCUUAGUGCUCUGAGCAGACGGCAUUCAUAUGGACGAAUAUUGAAUGAAAUAUGUUUUACUUUGCUUUCUUGCCACAUGUUGGUGUAGUGAUACGAUUGCAUAGUUCAAAACUUGUCUUUGUAUAUGUAAUGUGAGGUCCAGCUAUCACGCAGUCGAUUGUCUUUGCCAUCUAGAAUUGCACACACAAUACUAAAAGCUUUGUUUGUUGACCGUUCACAUUGUAUCUCUCUGCAUUGAAAUGUUGAUUUCUUCACCAAAUGUCACUUUUGUAAAAAAAA